GUUAUAACAAUUUCUUUUUUCAUCAAAGAUUACUAGGCACGACGGUACGGAUUAUCCUAACAGUCAGCUGCGAAGAUGGCCGACAAAACCCCAUUCAGAGUCGUUAUUAUUGGAGGUAGCGUGGCUGGUCUCGUGUUGGGCAACAUGCUUCAGCUGAAUGGUAUCGAUUUUAUCAUUCUAGAGGCCUACCCCGCGAUAGCUCCCCAAGUCGGGGCUAGCAUAGGAUUGCUCCCCAACGGCAACCGAAUCCUCGACCAAUUGGGAUUAUUCGACACGAUUUUAGGACUGGCGCCUCCGGUUGAGAGAUUCAAUUUUCGCAAUAGUAAGGGCGAGAGAAUCGCGGGGCACUCUGGAAUGAGACAUUCUUUCGAACAGAGACAUGGAUAUCCUAUUUUGUUCCUCGAUCGACAGGCGGUACUACAGGUCCUGUAUGAUAAUAUUAAGGAUAAGUCCAAGGUUCUAACCGAGAAGCGUCUGGCGAAGAUCGACAUGAAUGAAAAUGGCGUCAAAGCAAUCAUGACAGAUGGGUCUGAGUUCACAGGUGAUAUACUAGUCGGCGGUGAUGGCAUUCAUAGCAAGACUAGAUCCGAAAUGUGGCGGUUGGCUGAAGAGAAAAUUCCUGGCUAUAUCCCUGUUGGGGAAGAUAAUGCCCCUCCUUGCGACUACAGCUGCAUCUUCGGCAUCUCCAACCCUGUCCCCGGUCUCGAGCCGGGAAACCUACACUCCGUCUUCCGCGAGCAAAACUCCUACCUCAUCAACGGCGGCCCCGAAGGCCGCGUCUACUGGUUCUACUUCUUCAAACAUCCCUCCACCCUCUACGGCAGUGCCAUUCCUCGCUACACCAAAGCCGACGAAGCGGCCGUCCUCAAAGCCCACGAAAACGACCCCAUCACCCCCGAAAUCACCUUCAAAGUCCUGCAAGAGAGGAAAAUCUCCUCCACCCUCACCGCGCUCCCAGAAUACGUCUACAAGAAAUGGUUCUUCGAGCGCAUCGUCACAAUCGGUGAUUCCGUGCAUAAAUUCAACCCUAUCGGCGGCCAUGGCGGUAAUACUGCAUUCGAAACUUCCGCCGCCUUUGUUAACUCCCUCGUGAAAUUACUGAAAACCUCCUCGCGCCCCAGCACAAGCGAAAUAACAAAAUUGUUCGCUGAUCUGCAAGCCCUGCGCGAAACGCGCGCUACAAUCCUAAAAGACGCAUCGCAUGAGCAGCAGCGCACCGAGGCCAUGGAAGAUCGUCUCCACAAGUUCAUCGCGCUGACUCUGUUGCCCAUCACAGAUACCGAAGACGUCAUGUUUAAUUUCUCGGGAAACCAGCCGUACGCGGAUAAAUUGGAUAUGGUCGAGCUUCCGCCCCGCGCAAAACUCAUCCCUUACAAAGAUGAGUUAGCCAGGGCGCCGGAAUUGAGAGGGGUGGUGGGUUGGCUGCAGAUGGCGUGCUAUAUGGCGCUUGCGGUGUUCGCGUACUAUGGCAUGUGGGUCCGGUCGAAGAACGCGGGGCUGGCGGAGGAAUUCGCGAGUAUUCUGCGGAGUCCGCGACUUGCGGCGGAGAAAGAUGAGAAAUUGGGUCCUUUGAGCAUGUAUUUCUUCGGAAUGUUGAUUCAGCCCCUAUCCAUCUGGUUGGUGGAAGGCUGUCGCAAGCGCAACGAUAUGAACCUCGUAGCUGUCCCAACCAUCUGGCUCGCCUUAUCCCAAUACCUCGGCUUCGGCAUCAUCGCCCCAAUCUUCUACACCGCAUACACCCUCUUCUCCAACGCAGAACCCUACUGGUGGCCGCUCUCCCGCCUCGUACCCGCCCACUACAUGAAAGUCAUUCUCCCCUGCAUCCUCUUCUGCUACGCUCUCCCCACACUCCUCCUCUUCCUCCCCUCCCAAUCACAAUCUCUCCCUCUCACCCUCACCCUAGACUCCCUCUUCCGCUACACCCCCAUCCUCACCUCCCUCCUCACCCUCCUCACCUCCACCAUCCUCAAAAAACUCAUCCCCCCACCCACCGCAACCCCCACCGCAUCCCACACCCCCGCCGACAUCCCACACCUCCGUACCCUCUACCUCACAACCUUCAUCCUCGGUCUCCUCCUACACAUCACCAUCCUCGCACAAAUCCUCUUCUCCAACAAUCCCAUCCUCUCUCUCCCCUCCAUCUUCCUCCCCAACACCCCCAUUACCAAUACCUCCACCCCCAACCUGCACUCCUACUUCCUCGUCGAAUUCUGGUCGUUCUAUCUAGCAACCUAUAUCUGGUGCUGCAACGCAGUAUGGGAUAUCAAGCGCGUGGGAAGAACCACCGUCGAUGUCGGAAAAGCGGCUGUGUUGUUACUUCUUGCGAAUGUAGCUGUGGGGCCCGGUGCGGCAUUGGUGGGUUGUUGGUAUUGGAGAGAAGCGCAGAUGGCUCGUACUAGCGUUUCGGCUAAGAAAUGAGUUAAUGUAGUACAUUGGUAUGACAAAAUCGGCUGUUUAGGCGAUUGAAGUAGAGAAAAGCAUGGAAACGGAGAUAGUAGUAUACUUGGUUCAUAUAGCUAGCGCAUACAUUCAGAUAUUGAAAGAGAAUAAUAAAUGA